UCUUUAAAAUUGCAGAUGGCAGAUCUAGAGGAGGUGGGACCAGUUGAUGAAUCCGUCCUGACAGAGCAGCAUCUCCAUAGGUCUUCAUUUAUCACGACUGAGGGAUAUCGCGGGGUACAGUUCAUAGAGUAUGGCCGCAAAUUAAACCAGUGGGAGCUUGAUCAUCCAGCAGUGCUAGAUUUGCUACGACAGUCUGGAUUUUAUUAUAUUUCUCGACUUAGGCGUCUACAGCUGGAUCAGGCAUUAUUAGGAGCUUUGAUCGAGCGAUGGAGACGGGAGACCCAGACAUUUCACUUCCGCCACGGUGAGAUGACGAUUACACUUCAAGGAUGUGGCGGUUAUUUCUGGUCUUCAUAUCGAUGGAGCGCUUGUCACUGA